AAGUGUCGUCUAUAAUGGCUACAUCACCUCCUCAAUCUCCGCUCUAUAAAUAUACAGUUUUUGAAGACAGCACAUACCAUGAAAUCAACAGAGGGAGAUUUUUGUUUGAACAAAUCUUAAUUGUGCUGUAAUUUUGGCUCCUUUUCCCUAGUCUUUCGCUAUCUGUUGUAUUUUCUCAUACCUUAUCUCUCGCUCUCUGUAAUUACAAACUCUUCCGCCAUUGGAUCUAACCUUCCUUCCCCUUCAGGCAAAGGGUCUGUCUGUUCCUGGGAUUACAUUCUUUUAUCUUUAGAUCUUGAAGGAGUGGUAUUGCUUGUGGAAAAUAGACCCUGGGAAGGGAAAGAAAAAAUUUUGCUGGGCAAUCAUUGGUUGGAUCUGUGUAAUGUUAGAAAAAGCCAGAGAAGCAGAGAAAGGUAUCCGAAUCGGAGUUGAGAUGUAUUGAAAGCUGCCUUCUUGAUGAUUUACGAACAAUUAAACCCUUAGUACAUAAAAUCCGUUUAGGAGGUGAUUUUGUAUGAUGGGUUGAAUCAAGCAUUGAAUUUGUGGAGGCAGUUUGGAGUAUAUUUGUGAUUUAUAGGAUAACAAGCAAGGAGAAGUUAAAUUGGUUUUGUGGUUCUUGGAUGGAUAGUAAAAGUGUAAAAAAUAGGAAUAUCGAAGUUGAUCUUGAAAGUGGAUUGCCACUAAUUGGAGACAAUUCAAAGAAAGUCUCUGUCCCAAGUGAUGCAAAACAAGGAAAGACGUUAUUUGCUAAGGUUUCUGGUGGGAUUGUUGGAGGUUCUAUCAAAGGUGAUGAUGUGCCAAGUUUAAUCCACAAUGAAUCAAGUUUUAGUGAAGUUUCCGGUGAUUUGAUGAAAGUAUCAAGCACGCCAUUGAUGGGGAAAGAUUCGGGGAACCGUACACAGCAAAUCCCAACGAAGGAGAAACAGAAAAAGGCCUCUAAUAAGAAGGCUCCGAAACCUCCAAGAUCUCCACAAUCUCCUUCAUUGGAUGCAGCUGACCUUAAGCUAAUAAGAGAGAUAUCUGAACUUGCCAUGUUGAAACGCGCAAGGAUAGAGCGAAUGAAAGCUUUGAAGAAGAUGAAAAUUGCUAAAUCACGACCAUCUUCCAGUACCAGCAGCUUUUUUGCUAUGGUUUUCACUGUUGUCUUCUUUGUUGUAAUAAUAUUCCAAGGCGUGCCAUCUAGAACAAGCUCAGUGGCAAGUUUCCAGGGAUCUCCUGUGUCUACGGUAGAAUCAGAGGGAGGUCUAAUUUCAGUUGAGUACCAACUCAAUCCUUCUGCAAGCGACUUAAAUGUUCCUGGCUCAGAAUCUCACAAUUUUGUACAGCAGGUGGUCGGUUCAGAUUUGCCUGAAAAAUGGAGAAGAGGUUCAGGAUAAUGCACUUCUAUCAUAAAAAAGAAUAUAACUUUCCUGUAUUCAAACGGUACUCUUGUUUCUCCUUCAGCCUCUUUGUCUUGACUUUUAGAACAUAUAUUUAUUUAUAUAUUGUUAAUUUAUCCCUACUAUGUAUAUUAAUCAAUGCUGGGGUGAGUUAAAUAACCAGAACGGUGCUGCUAGAAUUUUCCAUUGCCUUGGGCCAAACACGUGUUACUUUUAUCGUCAGCAACUUUCUUUUGAUUA